CUCUUCAGUAGUUUCUGAACAUCUAGACGGUAGGAUGUAGAAUAGAAAGAGGGAGAAAUUAAGAGGCUGAACAAGAAAAAGUACUGAACUCUCUGCCUUACCACUCUGGGGCAGGGCAGCAGGGGCCAGGGAGGCCCAAUCUCAGAGCGCUGCGGGCUCUGCUGGUGAUAGAAACAAUAUGGUGAAGUUAUAAGGAGAGGGGAGGGGUGGGGGGCGGGAAAGAUUCCUUAGGAUAGAAAAAAAAAACAAUGAAGAAAGCUCCACUUGAAGACCUAUGAAAUUUCCGACACUAGAACCUUUGUAUAUAGUUUUCGGUAACCUUCGGCAGGGGGCGCUCUGAAAUUGUUGCCACUUUCCGGACAGCCUCCCGUACUUUACCCUCUACAAAAUUGUACAGUGUUUCCGGCCCUUCUCAGUUGUGGACGCUCGUAAGUUUUCGGCAGUUUCCGGGGAGACUCGGGGACUCCGCGUCUCGCUCUCUGUGUUCCGAUCGCCCGGUGCGGUGGUGCAGGGUCUCGGGCUAGUCAUGGCGUCCCCGUCUCGGAGACUGCAGACUAAACCAGUCAUUACUUGUUUCAAGAGCGUCCUACUAAUCUACACUUUUAUUUUCUGGAUCACUGGCGUUAUCCUUCUUGCAGUUGGCAUUUGGGGCAAGGUGAGCCUGGAGAAUUACUUUUCUCUUUUAAAUGAGAAGGCCACCAAUGUCCCCUUCGUGCUCAUUGCUACUGGUACCGUCAUUAUUCUUUUGGGCACCUUUGGUUGUUUUGCUACCUGCCGAGCUUCUGCAUGGAUGCUAAAACUGUAUGCAAUGUUUCUGACUCUCAUUUUUUUGGUCGAACUGGUCGCUGCCAUCGUAGGAUUUGUUUUCAGACAUGAGAUUAAGAACAGCUUUAAGAAUAGUUAUGAGAAGGCUUUGAAGCAGUAUAACUCUACAGGAGAUUAUAGAAGUCAUGCAGUAGACAAGAUCCAAAAUACGUUGCAUUGUUGUGGUGUCACCGAUUAUAGAGAUUGGACAGAUACUAAUUAUUACUCAGAAAAAGGAUUUCCUAAGAGUUGCUGUAAACUUGAAGAUUGUACUCCACAGAGAGAUGCAGACAAAGUAAACAAUGAAGGUUGUUUUAUAAAGGUGAUGACCAUUAUAGAGUCAGAAAUGGGAGUCGUUGCAGGAAUUUCCUUUGGAGUUGCUUGCUUCCAACUGAUUGGAAUCUUUCUCGCCUACUGCCUCUCUCGUGCCAUAACAAAUAACCAGUAUGAGAUAGUGUAACCCAAUGUAUCUGCGGGCCUAUUCCUCUCUACCUUUAAGGACAUUUAGGGUCCCCCCUGUGAAUUAGAAAGUUGCCUGGCUGGAGAACUGACGACACUACUUACUGAUAGACCAAAAACUACACCAGUAGGUUGAUUCAAUCAAGAUGUAUGUAGACCUAAAACUACACCAAUAGGCUGAUUCAAUCAAGAUUUGUGCUCGCAGUGGGCUGAUUCAAUCAAGAUGUAUGUUUGCUAUGUUCUAAGUCCACCUUCUGUCCUAUUCAUGUUAGAUCGUUGAAACCCUAUAUCCCCCUGAAACACUGGAAGAGCUAGUAAAUUGUAAAUGAAGUAAUACUGUGUUCCUCUUGACUGUUAUUUUUCUUAGUAGGGGGCCUUUGGAAGGCACUGUGAAUUUGCUAUUUUGAUGUAGUGUUACAAGAUGGAAAAUUGAUUCCUCUGACUUUGCUAUUGAUGUAGUGUGAUAGAAAAUUGACCUCUCUGAACUGGCUCCUUCCCAGUCAAGGUUAUCUGGUUUGAUUGUAUAAUUUGCACCAAGAAGUUAAAAUGUUUUAUGACUCUCUGUUCUGCUGACAGGCAGAGAGUCACAUUGUGUAAUUUAAUUUCAGUCAGUCAAUAGAUGGCAUCCCUCAUCAGGGUUGCCAGAUGGUGAUAACAGUCUAAGGCCUUGGGUCUAAGGCAUCCAAGACUGAAAGGAACUACUGAUGUUCUGUGAUACGUCAGGUUUCAGCACACAACUUACAUUUCUUUGCCUCCAAAUCGAGGCAUUUAUUAUGAUGUUCAUACUUUCCCUCUUGUUUGAAAGUUUCUAAUUAUUAAAUGGUGUCGGAAUUAUUGUAUUUUCCUUAGGAAUUCAGCGGAACUUAUCUUCAUUAAAUUUAGCUGGUACCAGGUUGAUAUGACUUGUCAAUAUUAUGGUCAACUUUAAGUCUUAGUUUUCGUUUGUGCCUUUGAUUAAUAAGUAUAACUCUUAUACAAUAAAUACUGUUUUCCUCUAAAAA